UACGUUAAUAAUUGUUUGGCUUUUAUCAAGCCAGCGCAACAUUGGUAAUUUAUUAUGUCUGUGUUAAGUCCAACUGAUAAACUAAUACGUAAACUCCGUAAAAAGCUACGUCAAAUUGAAAAUCUUGAAUUCCUUGGGCGCUCAAAUUUAAAUGAAGAAGAACUUUUAAAGGUCAAACAAAAAAAUGCCACUAGAAUUGAGCUUGCCAAACUUUUAAAACAAGGUGGGGAAGGCUGUAUGGCUUUUACACCUGAAAUUGGUACUCAUCUUCCCACAAGUAGCACUGAUCAAUCAGAGAGCACACCUACUACAAUAAUAACUCCAGAAAAGAAAAAUAAACAUGAGACCAAAAACAAUCUUGAACCAUUUCUUGUUUCUGAAGAGCAAGAAAAAGUAAAUGCUGUAAAAAAUCUUGAACGGGACUUUGACACAUCUGUCUUUAUAGAGCCUUUACCAUUGCCUGAAACCAUGAAGCGUCCCACUCCUGAGGAAGCGACACCUUCAUUGAGCCCUGAAUCUUCAGCUGCCACUGGCACACAGACAAAGAGGCCUAAACCGGAGAAUUCUACACUCAACAAACCUAGUGAAACCAAAUCUAAAAUGCACAAUACUGCAGGAAAAUCUCCUGUUCAAAAAUCAUGGCAUGAAACUCUGUUCCUUCUAAAUACUCUUGAAUCCCACAAUGAUAUUGUGAGUUGUGUUGAUUUAGAUGAGACCUACAUCAUCUCAGGAAGCCGAGAUACCUUGGUACAAGUUUGGUGUGCUACAACCGGCUCUGCAUUGGUGGACCUACGAGGACAUACUAAUACAGUUACUUGUGUUUCGCUGUUAUCGGCCGAAGACUCAAAACGUUUGAAUGCGGAGCUGUCUGGAAGUGUUAGUGAAGAUACAGGUCCUCGAUUGGCGCUUACAGGUUCCCUCGAUUGCUGCAUUAAGCUUUGGAACAUAGAGAAUGGGUCAGCCUUACGUUCCAUCUACACAUUCAGUGGAGUGACAGCCCUCUGCUAUUCGCCUUCGCAUUGUUGCUGCGUCGUAGGAAGUGAAGGAGGGAAAUUGGAAACCUAUACAUUCCUCGAAGAAAACACAAAUCCACGUUUUUCCAUUAAAACUUUCGAGAAUUCCGUGUCUCAUAUAAAGCUACAAAAUGAAAACUUGAUUUGCUCGUCCCUUGAUGGAUUCAUUAGUGUAUGGUCCAUGAAGGGAGCUGAGUUGUGUCGGCUAUUCCGGUCAGAUGAUCUCGUACCUGAAACUGGCCAUGUGAUCCGUUGUCGACCAGUCCUUAGCCUUGCUGUGAAUUCAGCCCACCCAACAAUUUUCUACGGGGAUGAAGGGGCAACAGUUAAAAUGUUAAACUGGAAAACUGGAUGCGUCAAAAAGCUCAGAAAUCACGUUUACGAUUUCGGGAUAACGAAUGCAAUUUUUGCAACUAAAUCAUUCCUUUUCUCUUCGUCCAUUAAUCUUGACACUGGAAUUUCAUCCAUUAACAUCCGUUCUUUACCCGAGUGUAAUUACUUGGGCACGUUGAACGUUUCUGGCAUUGAACGCAUUUUUUGCCUAGCCGCAAUAGAAGACCAAAACGACAAAUUUCUUCGAUUGAUUGUUGGCGGGACUCAGUUAAUGUUGCUAGAAACAAGAAGAAUAGGAUGUCGUCGCUCUCCGAAGAAAGACAGUUUAUUGAAGCCUCAGUUCCUCAAUGAAUUAACUUUACCUGCUGGUGAUUCUGAAGAUGACUUUAGUAGUUCUUCAGAAGAAGAAAUUGAAGAAGAUGAGGAUGAACGAGCUAUCUCAGAUGAGUCGGCUAAUGUAAUUGACUCUAAACAGGGGAGCUCCUGGUGCACUAUCCUCUGAUCGGUUAUCUACUCGCGUAUUUUGUUGUUCGUGGAACCUUAUUAAGAAUCAAAUCUAAAGCUAUAAAUAAUCCCAUUAACCAUUACGCAAUACUUAUUUGUAUUUUUAACAAACAAAAAAAUGAG